AUGGCUUCCUCACAGGAUGAUCCGAAGUCUGAUGACUCAUAUAUCUCUGAUGCUUCAGAAGACAACCAGAUUGACACUCAAGAUCGAGCUCCUAAGCGCCGACGCCUCUCGGAGUCCUCCAACGACUCUUAUGUUGCGCCUGCACCUCUCCCCACCCUCUCCCGUAUCAAGAAAAAGGACGAUACCGCAAAGAAAUCCGAUUCGAACGAUGAUGAAAACCCAGUCACAAUUAAGGAUGCCCUUGAGAUUGGCUUGCAAGCUGAGUCGUCCACUUUUGGUGCUCUGAAUGUGUCGCCAUGGCUUGUAGGGUCUUUGACUACUAUGGCUGUUCGACGGCCCACAGCCAUUCAGAAGGCGUGUAUUCCUGAGAUUCUGAAGGGUCGGGAUUGUAUCGGUGGAAGUCGGACAGGUUCCGGAAAGACUAUUGCAUUUGCCGUUCCUAUUAUGCAGCUAUGGGCCAAGGAUCCCUUUGGAAUCUUCGCUCUGGUAUUGACCCCGACUAGAGAGCUUGCGCUGCAGAUCUUUGAGCAGUUCAAGGCUAUCUCAGCACCACAGAGCAUGAAGCCCAUCCUUAUCACCGGUGGUACCGAUAUGCGACAACAGGCAACCGCUCUCGCAUCGCGCCCCCACGUCGUAAUCGCAACCCCUGGUCGACUCGCGGAUCACAUCAAGACCUCUGGUCAGGAUACAAUUGCAGGAUUGGGGCGUGUCAAAAUGGUCGUGAUGGAUGAGGCAGACCGACUGCUCGCAGGCGGACACGGUAGCAUGCUGCCAGACGUAGAGACCUGUCUGUCUGCCCUACCACCUUCAGCAGAGCGCCAAACCCUCCUCUUCACAGCUACAUUGACGGCCGAAGUUCGCGCCUUGCAAUCCAUGCCCCGCCCAGAGGGCAAGCCGCCUAUCUUUGUGACAGAAAUCUCCACCGAAAACCAGGGCAAGAUCCCCCCAACCCUCAAACAGACCUACCUCCAAGUCCCCAUGACGCACCGUGAAGCCUUCCUGCACGCCCUUCUCUCUACCGAAGAAAACGUCACCAAGCCCGUCAUCAUUUUCUGUAAUCACACAAAGACCACUGAUCUGUUGGAGCGCACUCUUCGCAGACUGGGUCACCGCGCUACCUCGCUCCACAGUCUUCUUCCCCAAUCCGAGCGCACAUCUAAUCUUGCCCGGUUCCGCGCCGCUGCUGCUCGCGUCCUGGUCGCCACUGAUGUCGCAUCGCGUGGUCUCGAUAUCCCAAUCGUUAGCCUUGUUAUCAACUUCGACGUCCCUCGCAAUCCAGACGACUACGUCCACCGUGUUGGUCGUACAGCCCGUGCCGGACGAACCGGUGAGGCAGUCACUCUGGUUGGACAACGUGACGUCGAGCUCGUCCUCGCCAUCGAGGCACGGGUGGGUCGAAAGAUGGAAGAGUGGGCCCAGGAGGGUGUGAACAUCGAAAGCCGUGUCGUACGAACCAACGUCCUGAAAGAAGUUGGAUCAGCAAAGCGCGAGGCCAUGGGUGAGAUCGAUGAAGGCCGCGAUGUACUAGGCCGCAAACGCAAUAAGUUGAAGAAAAUCCGUUGA